AGUGUGUCACAUCAGUAGAUAUGUCGGCUGUCGUGUAAUCUGUACGGUGAUUCUGUGAGCUGUGCACGACUGACCGUUGACCAAUGUCCUAGCACUUAACAAAAAAAAACAUACAAAUUAGCAUAAUAUUCUUUAUUUAAAUUUUCUGUGGUGAAAACCAGUUCUAUUUUCAAAAACCAGUGUUAGUGCAGUGCCGGUAUUAAUGUGGUACUUUUUGAAGCGAAACAAACAAGUCGCAGCGAUGUUGGGUGUUUUGGGAAUAGCGGCCGUGGUUGUAAUAAUAUUGUCCACGAGAACAGCGCAUCGAUUAGCUGCUGAUAACGCUUCGGAUGAAACUGAAGAUUUUAGCGAUGAUCCUUACAUUUUUUCUACGCACAAACUACCAUCAGAUGAUCGCUUCAUGCCCUCCAUCGGCAAUGGUCAUAUCGCUACGAACAUAUUUAGUGACACAAUAUACAUGAACGGAUUGUAUAACGGACGAAAAGGCGAGAGUCACCGAGCGAGGAUACCCAGUUGGGCCAACAUACGGUUGAACUCGACGCUAACUCACAUGCCGUACCGUCCAGUCUACAGUUUGGAUACAAGGGAAGCCGCCUUCAAAGUGAGGGUCGACCGAGAUAGAUCGAUCGUCACUCAGAGAAUAUACGCCCAUAGGUUUUACACUAGAGCUAUUGUGAAUCAAAUACAAGUGGUCGCUAAACCACAUGAUCCUAAUUUUAUUCAUCACGAAAUAUGGAUAGCAAUAAAACAGAUAUCUGGACCUAGCAGCGAAGAUAUAGAGUUCCGUACUCCAGUACCGGAGAUCUAUGACGGUCGUACAAUUUGGUCCUCGUGCGGGUCUACCAAGGAUCCCGAAGACCCCUCGUAUCAGCCGUUGCCGGUAGACGUGUGUGCUUAUUGGACAUCAGUGCCUGAUUACCUGGUGGUACCUCAGCAUGGUUCUAAAGUCUUUACGUUUGUUAUGACGGUGGAUAAAAAUAAAACUAUUGCCAGACAGGAAUUUAUUGAAGUAUUACAGCAGGACGGCGAAGAAUUAUAUAAGAAGCACGUGGACCACUGGAAAUCUCUGUACCAUCAGGCUGGUGUCCACAUCGAAGGAAAUCUGCAUUUGUCUAAAAUAGUAAAUGGAAUCUGGUAUUACUAUUUGAGCUCACUGCCGUCCCAGCACACUUAUCACCCGCCAGAGAAGUACUACGGUCUCAGCCCAACAGGCCUAGCGAGAGGGGGUUCACUGCUCGACGACUAUGAAGGACACAACUUCUGGGAUACGGAAUUCUGGAUGUUUCCAUCUAUCUUGCUCCUGUACCCUCGGUAUGCCCAUGACCUGCUCCAGUAUCGACUGGAUAUGGCCUACGUGGCCGCUGAGCUCGCUAAGAUCACCGGCAACAAGGGAUACAGGUUUCCAUGGGAGAGCGCAUACACUGGUACCGAAGUCACGCAACCGUGCUGUCCAGAGGUAGCAGAGUUCGAGCAACACAUAACAGGAUGCAUAUCAUACGCAGCCCGCCAAUACCUGGCCACCACAAGAGACGAGGAAUGGUUAAAGCAAGGAGGCUGUUCCAUCGUGACUCACAUCGCAGACUUCUGGGCUUCACGGGCUGUAAUAAAUUUCAAUACUGGAUUGUACGACAUUGAAAGUGUGAUGGGACCAGACGAGGAUCACAGCAAUGUCACAAACUCUGCUUUUACAAACGUCGUGGCUGGAUACUCACUUUAUUUGGCACAAUACGUGGCGUGUCUUUGUAAAUCGUACUACAUGGCGAAAGAUCCAGACCACUGGGCUGAUAUCGCUUGGAGCUUAGCAUUGCCUUAUGAUGAAACUUUGGAUUAUCACCCACAGUUCUCAGGGUACGAGAGGGGCGAACAAAUCAAACAAGCAGACGUGGUUUUACUAGGGUUUCCAUUGCAAUAUCCCAUGAACAUGUCGACUAGGGUCAACGAUCUGUCAUAUUACGAGUCUGUGACGCGUAGCUCUGGGCCCGCGAUGACGUGGAGCAUGCAUACCAUAGGACACUUGCGUCUGCAGGAUGACAAGAAGGCAAACGAUAUGUUCAACAAAAGUUAUCAAGGCUAUGUUAGAGAACCUUUUAAGGUGUGGAGCGAGCUCCAGCGACCGAAUGUUGGCGCGGUGAACUUUUUCACUGGAAUGGGAGGGUUCCUCCAAACCUUGAUCUUCGGCUAUGCAGGUGUGAGCAUCCAUCUUGAUCGUCUCGAGAUAAAUACACCACAACUACCACCGAAUACUACGAACUUCAAGAUUAGAGGUAUAAAGUACUUGGGCGCUAAUUUAACAUUGAGUAUAUCGGAGACUAGUAGUACGUUGGUCGUGGAGUCACUCGACGACGAGUGGCCUCUAACAAUGAAUGACGGAAAGUACAACAUCACGCUGGUCCCGGGAAUGUCAGUAACAUUAUCAGGUAGCGGUCCAUUCAAGAUUCAUUCUACAUCGUGGAAGGAAUGCAAACUGCCCGAGGACACUAUUGGACACAAUUACCUUAGACCUAAUAAAUUAUAGCAUUAGAGGUACCUACUUGACUUUAAGUUAAUAAUGACGUAGAUGAUGUCCCUAUCAGUGUUCAAAUAUUAUUAAAUUAAUAAAUUAUGCAA